AUGGUGAUGAUGAUGGAGAGACAAAGCUUUGAGAUUGUCAACCGGACGAGAAUCGUCAACUCUGGAGACCCAUCCACAGUUGCCUGGGAUUUGGCUACACAGAGCACAGCAGAGCACAGCAGAGCACAGCAGAGCACAGCAACGCAAGUGUGGCCAACAUUUUCGCCUAGUUUCCAGCCAGGGACACUCUUUUUCAGCACGUUGGAGCAGCAGUACGACUGUAAGGCUCGUCAUUUGCUUCGAUGA